GGUUCGGGGCGGGGCGUGCUACCCGCAGCCCCCGGAGCUCGGCUAACUCUGCGCCCAGUGCACGGCAGCACCAUGGGGUCCCGCCACUUCGAGUGGAUUUAUGACCACGUGGGGCACUUCGGCAGAUUCCAGAGAGUCCUCUAUUUCAUAUGUGCCUUCCAGAACAUCUCUUGUGGUAUUCACUACUUGGCUUCUGUGUUCAUGGGAGUCACCCCUCGUCAUGUCUGCAGGCCCCCAGGCAAUGUGAGUUUGGUUGUUUUCCACAAUCACUCUAAUUGGAGUUUGGAGGACACCGGGGCCCUGUUGUCUUCAGGCCAGAAAGAUUAUGUUAUGGUGCAGUUGCAGAAUGGUGAGAUCUGGGAGCUCUCGAGGUGUAGCAGAAACAAGAGGGAGAACACAUCAAGUUUGGACUAUGAAUACACUGGCAGUAAGAAAGAGUUUCCUUGUGUGGAUGGCUACAUAUAUGACCAGAACACGUGGAAAAGCACUGCGGUGACCCAGUGGAACCUGGUCUGUGACCAAAAAUGGCUCGCAAUGCUGAUCCAGCCCCUAUUUAUGUUUGGAGUCCUACUGGGAUCGGUGACUUUUGGCUACUUUUCUGACAGGCUAGGACGCCGGGUGGUCUUAUGGGCCACAAGCAGUGGCAUGUUUUUGUUUGGAAUAGCAGCGGCGUUUGCAGUUGAUUAUUACACCUUCAUGGCUGCACGCUUUUUUCUUGCCAUGGUUGCAAGUGGCUAUCUCGUGGUGGGGUUUGUCUAUGUGAUGGAAUUCAUUGGCAUGAAGUCUCGGACAUGGGCGUCUGUCCAUUUGCAUUCUUUUUUUGCAGUUGGAACUCUCCUGGUGGCUUUGACAGGAUACUUGGUCAGGACCUGGUGGCGUUACCAGAUGAUCCUCUCCACAGUGACUGUCCCCUUUGUUUUGUGCUGUUGGUUGCUCCCAGAGACACCUUUUUGGCUUCUCUCAGAGGGACGAUAUGAGGAAGCACAAAAAGUAGUUGACAUCAUGGCCAAGUGGAACAGGACAAGCUCCUGUAAACUGUCGGAAUUUUUAUCACUGGACCUACAAGGUCCUGUUGGUAAUAGCCCCACUGAAGUUCAGAAGCACAGCCUAUCACAUCUGUUUUAUAACUGGAACAUUGCGACAAGGACGCUUACCGUUUGGCUAAUUUGGUUCACGGGAAGUUUGGGAUUCUACUCCUUUUCCUUGAAUUCUGUUAAUUUAGGAGGCAAUGAAUACUUAAACCUCUUCCUCCUGGGUGUAGUGGAAAUUCCCGCCUACACCUUCGUGUGCAUCGCCAUGGACAAGGUCGGGAGGAGAACAGUCCUGGCCUACUCUCUUUUCUGCAGCGCGCUGACCUGUGGUGUCGUUAUGGUGAUCCCCCACAAACAUUAUAUUUUGGGUGUGGUGGCAGCUAUGGUUGGAAAAUUUGCCAUUGGGGCAGCGUUUGGCCUCAUUUAUCUUUAUACAGCUGAGCUGUAUCCAACCAUUGUAAGGUCGCUGGCUGUGGGAAGCGGCAGCAUGGUAUGUCGCCUGGCCAGCAUCCUGGCGCCGUUCUCCGUGGACCUCAGCAGCGUUUGGAUCUUCAUACCACAGUUGUUUGUUGGGACUAUGGCCUUCCUGAGUGGAGUGUUAACACUAAAGCUUCCGGAAACCCUUGGGAAACAGCUGGCAACUACUUGGGAGGAGGCUGCAAAACUGGAGUCAGAGAAUGAAAGCAAUUCAAGCAAAUUACUUCCCACAACUAAUAAUAGUGGGCUGGAAAAAACAGAAGCGAUGACCCCCAGGGACUCUGGUCUUGGGUAAAUAAAUGUGCCAUGCGUGCUGUCUAGCACCUGCAAUAUUAUUUACCCUAAUGCCUUUGUAUUAGAGGAAUCUUAUUCUCAUCUCCCAUAUGUUGUUUAUAUGUCUUUUUAAUAAAUUUUGUAAGAAAAUUUUAAAGCAAACAUGUUAUAAAAGAAAUAAAAACUAAGAUGAAAAUUCUCAUUUUUAAAAA